AUGAAGGGAUAUGGUUAUGCACAUAAAGCAAACCCUUUUGAAAUCAUCACAAAUGAUAAUUGGCCACAAAAUACUGGUCAAUUUAAAACCCCAACAGUACUAAAAUAUGAUGAAUCUUUUAAAGUUUUGAAUUGGGGUCUUCCUGCAUUAGCUGAAAAACCUAGCAAAAAGAAAAAGUCUACUAAAGCCGUGACAACAGAGCUUUUCAAACUUCAUCUUGCCAAAAUGACAGAUAAACCACCUUUACCAGAUAAAUUACAUCAUAAACAAGCCAUAACAGACUAUCUAUCUCAACUUAACAAAUCAAUUAAAGAAACAAUAGAUAGCAGAUGGCAAAAUAUCAAUUUCUUUGAUAAUGUUUUACUUAUUUUAACGAUUCCUGCAGAGUUUGAUGAUAGUGCUAUUGCAACAUUGAGAGAAUCUGAAGCCGCAGCAAUUUAUUGUAUGAAAGUUCUUAAAGAACAUAAAUUAGAAGUGGGAGUACCAAGUCAUCCUAUGGCAGCAAUUAUCAGAGGUGCUGUUAUGUUUGGGCUUAGAAAAGAAGUAAUCGUUGAUAGGAAAUUAAAAUGGAAUUAUGGAACUGAUGUUGUAAGACCGUGGGAAUCGACAGAUCCAAUGGAUCGUCGUCUACCAAAUGGAGUGAUUAAAGUUUUAAAUAUAUUGGCAGAAAAAGGUACAAAAGUGAAUGUGGACGAAUCAAUCACCACAGUUUAUGUACCCUAUUCGUUGUCUCAACGUAAAAUGAAUUUAGAUUUGUAUAAAACAGACAAAAAUGAUGCACAAUAUUGUGAUGAAGAUGACGAUGUUGAGUUAAUGGGUAAAUUUGUAGCAGAUCUACCUAGAACCGGUGAUUACAAUGAUAGAACCAUUUUGUUAACCUUAACUUUUGGUACUGUUGAAAUUCAAGCAAAUGCUAAAAGUAAAUUAACUGGUGAUGAAUUUAAUACUACUUUUGAGCUAGAUCUUUAA